UGUAUCUUAUAGCCAUGAAAGUUAUUCAUCGGGACUUGGAUAAGUAUUCAUCUGGCCAUAUCACCUUGGUAGCAGAAAACGAAGAGGAUAUGUGGCUGACCUAUAAUUUGAUACAAUUGGGUGAUAAACUUCGGUGCUCAACAGUUCGCAAGGUGCAAAAUGAAUCUGCUACCGGGAGCGUGCAAACGAAACAGGUUCGCACUAAUCUAACGAUCGAAGUGGAGAAGAUCGAUUUCGAUCUUCAAGGUUCCGUACUUCAUUUAAAAGGCAGAAAUGUGGUUGAGAAUCAGUUUGUCAAAAUGGGUGCCUAUCACACGUUGGAUUUGUCGAUCGACGAGAAAUUCACCAUUACCAAAGGCGAAUGGGAUAGUGUUGCUAUCAUGCUCGUUGAGCAGGCAGCGGACCCCACACAACAUGCAGACGUGGCAGCCGUUGUGAUGCACGAAGGCCUUGCCUAUCUGUGCCUUAUCACCAGUACUACGACAAUUGUGCGCGCAAAGAUCGAGACAAACAUACCUCGCAAACGCCCAGGUUUGCCUACUAGCCAUCAUGAAAAAGGCCUCCUUCGUUUCUUCGAUCAGAUUAUGCUGGCUCUAGAGCGUCACAUACGCUUUGACAUCGUCAAAUGCAUCAUCCUCGCCAGUCCUGGAUUUGUCCGGGAGCAAUUUUAUGAAUACCUCAUUCAGACCGCAAUCAAACAGGAUAAGCGUGUUUUCAUGGAUAACAAGGGAAAAUUUCUCCUGGUUCACUCAUCAUCCGGUCAUAAGCAUGCAUUGAAGGAGGUUCUCACAGACAGCGCCGUUCUGAGCAAGUUGGCAAACACUAAAGCGGCUUCUGAAGUUGCCGCCCUAAAUGAUUUUUACCAAAUGAUUAAAACAGACCAAUCAAGGGCUUUCUACGGAUACAAGCACGUCAAGGCAGCGGCCGACGCCUUCGCGGUAGAUACGCUGCUCGUCUCUGAUGCCCUAUUCCGCUCUCGUGAUUUGGAUGAACGACGUCGUUAUGUGUCCCUGGUGGAUGCAGUCAAAGAAGAUCAAGGCAGUGUGCGGAUAUUCUCCAGUUUGCAUGUCUCCGGUGAACAACUGAAUCAACUCUCAGGAAUCGCCGCUAUACUGCGAUUUCCGAUUCCUGAACCAGGGUCAGAUGAUUCCGACACUUCAUCCGAUUAGGUUACCUCAAGCAGGUGUGUGAUACGACACGGUUCCACGGUGGCAAACAACAUCAGUUUCCUUUUCACACUUGGCCAUCUUCGCAUGCACCAGAUUCUUUUUUGCUGCAAAGUCUAGUAAACUUUGUUACUUUGUUCAUUUAUUC